UUCAGAUCUCUUUCCACCUGAUUCCCAUCACCUUUCUCUUCUCUGCUCUCGCUUCAGUUCUGAACCGAAAUUUCUGCAGAGAUAAUGAGCUCUGGUUCCCCUCUCUCUGCAGUAUUUUUUUCUCCAGAAUUUCAGGUGUAGCAGGCAUUUUGUGGCAGAACGAAGAGGAUAGCCGACGAGUUCUGCUUGUUCGUAACAAAGAAAGCUUGCUGCUUGCAGCAUAGGGCAUAGGUACAGGUAAACUUCAAGGUUUGAUGUGUGUGAGCGUUACCUUCAGCAUUCCAACCUUUCUUGCGGUUACCUUCAGCAUUCCAACCUCUGUUUCGUUGGGAAGGCCUCGCCAAUGGCCAUAUCGAUGAAGGGCAUAUUCAGAGGGUUGAAGAUCAUCGCUCAGAUAUUCACAGUGCAGAGGGAGCACGAGAUCGAGAUCGGGUACCCUACAGACGUGAGGCAUGUGUCGCACGUAGGGUUCGGCGCUAGCGGCUCCUGCCCAAGCUGGCAGAUGAAUGAAUUCAGAGGAGCAGAGGAGGUAGCAGCGGCAGGUGGAGGAGGAGGAGGAGCAUCCAUAAGCUCUGCUGUCCAGUCGAGGCAGACCUCCUGGGCUUCCCUAGACUUCGAGCAACCGGUAGGCGCCGGCGUGCCGCCGCCGGCAGAGGCCAGCACCGCCGACAUCUCCGCAGCGCACGACGCCGGUGCCGGUGCCGCCACCCCAAGAGGCGCACCGCCCCCGAAGAAGCCGGCGACGAAGCCGAAGAAAGCCCGGGCGUCGUCGCCGGGCUCGUCCUCGUGGCGCUCCACGGCGUCAUCCGCCACCGCGCGCACGGACUCCGACGAGCCGCGUCCCGCCGGCGUACGAGCCGCCUGAUCGAUAGCAGAGGAGAACGCCUCCGCGACCACCGUACAAGUGUACAUGUUCACGCGUGACACGGUUAAAUUUGCUUUGUUACGUUAUCUGUUUGGUGUGCUUGGUUCGUGGCGUGCUGUUAAGACGGGUCGAGUUCAGUUUCGCUAGAGAAAACGACAGGAGCCGAGUGAAGAAGAGAGAGCAAUUAGCUGACGUGGCAGGCGUACGCUCCAUUAUUGUGGGUGUUUCCCGUCGCUUGCUGAACGAUUUUUCUGAACGCUGCUCCUAAAUAGCACUGUCGGUAGUGUUGGAGUUGUUCCAAAUUCACUCUAGGAAAUAGGCCGGGCUUCUGACGGAGCGGAGGUCCAUCGCCGGAGGCUUGGGCCGGAGGUUUGGUACGGUACGGUACACCCUUGCUAGGGUUUCGUGGAGGCUUGAUUCUCUUGUAAGGGCGUGUAACUCAAAACUCUUGAGAUAGUGAGAUUGUUGCUA